AAGAAUCAGUUUUGAUCGUUCUCUCGUCAUUUCAUAUACAUAUAGUUGUGAGACUUAUUUCUAAGCAACUUAAAUAAAUGCAGAUUUUUCGAAAUGUUGAUACUUCGAAAUGUGAACAUAUCUGUAUUACUUUAUAUGUGGGUUUUAGCUGUUUCUUUGAUAGUUCUGCCAAAAACAAAGGCAGAUAUUUACGAUUGCGAUUUCUUUGACACUGUCGAUAUUUCGGCAGGCCAAAGGUUACCGAAUGGUUCGUAUCUAUAUGACGGGAUACUCAUUCCCGCCGAGUUGACGGGGAAAUAUAACUUCAGGAUUCUUCCGGACGAAUCCAAGGAAACGGUGGAGAGCCACAUAAGGGGAUGUGUUUGCAAAUUGAAACCCUGCAUCAGGUUUUGCUGCCCCCACAACCACAUCAUGAAUGGGGGUGUUUGCUCCAAAAAGAUGACGGAGGAAGAACUUGAAGAACACGAUCCUUACCUGAACGUGACCCUCAAGAACGGAUCGGAGGUCACAAGGCACUUUAAGGACGAACUAAUCGUGCAGUGGGAUCUACCGAUGCCCUGUGAGGAUAUGUUCUACCUAGACAAUCGAGAUGAAACCCAGCAGUACACAUUGUUUGAGAAUGGGUCUUUCUUCCGCCACUAUGACAGCGUGACUCUAAACAAGCGAGAGUACUGCUUUCAGCACUUUGAGUUCGAAUCAGAUGAUAAUACCACAUACAUUCGAAUAGCGCCACACAACUGCUUUAUAGUGCCAUCCAGAACGGCACAGACCGUGGUGAUUAUCACAUCGCUGGUUUGUAUGGUUCUUACGAUGUGCGUUUAUCUUUACGUUAAAAAGUUACAGAACUUGCACGGCAAGUGCUUCCUGUGCUACAUUCUAUGUCUCUUCAUGGGCUACCUUUUCCUGUUACUAGACAUGUGGAAAUUGUUGUUCAGCUUCUGCCUUACAGCUGGUUACCUGGGUUACUUUUUCUUGAUGGCCGCCUUUUUUUGGCUUUCUGUCAUCAGUCUGCACCUGUGGAGUACAUUCAGUGGCACCUUACACAGCAUCAAUCGCUUCCUGCCCGAGCAUAGGUUUCUGGCCUACAACACCUACGCCUGGGGCAUGGCGCUGAUCUUGACCGGAAUCACCUUUCUGGCCGAUAAGAUGGUAGUUAACGAGGACUGGAACCCUCGGAUGGGCAGCGAAGGACAGUGUUGGAUCAAUACCCCAGAAUGGUCUGCCAUGCUCUACUUCUAUGGACCGAUGGUAUUGCUGAUAGCCUUCAACAUUGCCAUGUUCAUCCUAACGGCUAUUCGUAUAAUAAGAGUGAGGAAGGACAUACAGAACUUUGCACACAAGCAAGAGAGAAAGCACAAGCUUAACUCGGACAAGCACACUUACACCUCCUUUUUGCGGCUUUUCAUCAUCAUGGGUAUGUCGUGGAGCUUGGAGAUAAUCUCCUACUUGGUACAAUCCAACAAAACUUGGGCCAACGUUUUUCUGGUAGCGGACUACUUCAACUGGUCUCAGGGAAUCAUCAUAUUUGUGCUGUUUAUUCUAAAGCCAAGCACGCUAAGGCUCUUGAGGGAUCGCAUUUUGGGUGAGAGAGAAGAUGCCCUUGACAGCGAAGAAGAGAUUUCGCUUGAGAAUUCGAAAUAUGAUCAAAAUGGAACAAUCCUAAGCCCACAUGGAGUGGUGUCAGUAGCAGAUCCAGAAGUAGAAAUACGACGGGAGGAUCAAUGAACCACUUCACGAGGACGGCGUCGAACACAUAAAACUAUGCAAACUGAA